UAAAUAGCGGUCCAGAAGGGUCCGUCAGAGCGCCGGACACAGAGGAUGAAGGCAGAGUGACGGACACUCACAGGUCACCUGACGGACGUCGCGCGGCCAUAAAAGACGGCGGACACGUCGUUUAGAGAAAAGCCUUUGCGGCCCUCACGGUCCCCUCACCGGCGACCGCGCGUUUAACUACUCGUAUUUUUGUACAAAAGCUUCACCGAACUGGAUAGUAUGCUGUUUUGGCACAGUCAUCCUGAAACCUAUCAACAGCACACGCAAAAUAAUUAUGUAAGAGAUGCUCUCGCUCCGUUUCUCAAGCACGAAGAGGAGCAGCAGUCCCCUGAGGUCCGAGUGUCUCCUUUUCAUUAUGUGCUUUGCGCAGCCACAUCUCCAGCUGUGAAACUCCAGGAAGAAUCGCUCACGUAUCUGAAUCAAGGUCAGUCCUAUGAAAUCCGUAUGCUUAACAGGAAACUAGUGGAGUAUACAGAUAUAUGCGGUAAAUAUGUAAAGAGCAUUGUGCGUGUUGUUUUUCAUGACCGACGGCUGCAGUACACAGAGCAUCAGCAGCUGGAGGGAUGGAGGUGGAACCGACCUGGAGACAGAAUCUUGGAUAUAGAUAUCCCAUUGUCAGUGGGCAUAAUAGAGCCGCGAGCCCACCCACUGCAGCUCAACACCAUAGAGUUUCUCUGGGAUCCUGACAAAAAUGCCUCCGUGUUCAUUCAGGUAAACUGCAUUAGCACUGAGUUCACUCCGAAAAAACAUGGUGGAGAGAAGGGCGUCCCUUUCCGCAUACAGAUAGACACCUUUGCAGUCGGUGAGCACGAAGAAUACACUGAACACAUGCGCUCCGCCAGCUGCCAGGUCAAAGUCUUCAAGCCAAAAGGUGCAGAUCGCAAACUCAAGACUGACAGAGAGAAGAUUGAGAAAAAGAGUCCCCAGGAUCGAGAAAAAUAUCAGCCAUCCUAUAAAACAACAGUGCUGACUGAGUGCUCCCCUUGGCCUGAAGCCCAAUCAGUCAGCAGAACUAGCAACAGUCCAUCUCCUGGUUAUCACACCGCUCACACGACCUACAGCUUCCCAGAGGAAAACUGCUCUCCAGACCAGCAAGGGGAUCUGCUUUUGCCCAGCUGCUCUGAUCACCUGUUGCCAUCGUCCUCCACGCAGGACACGCAGCAGUGGCUCCAUCUUAAUAGGUUCUCCUCUUUCUGCAGGCUCUUCUCAGGCUUCUCAGGCUCUGAUCUCCUGAAAAUGACUAGAGAAGAUUUUAUUCAGAUCUGUGGUCCUGCUGACGGCAUUCGUCUUUUCAAUGCCAUCAAAGGAAGGUGUAUACAACCUCGUCUAACUGUCUAUGUAUCCCAGCUACAGAACAGCAACCAACUGCACACCAAAGCAGCGGGUGAUGAUGUGUACCAUGCUCUCUACCUAGAGGACCUAACUGUCCUUGAGCUCACUGAGAAGAUAGCCAAUCUUUAUAAUGUUCCCUCACAGCAAAUCUUUCGCGUAUACAGACAGGGGCCGACGGGGAUCCACGUCUUGGUUUCAGAUGAGAUGGUGCAGAACUUUACAGAAGAGACUAGCUUCAUUAUCAGCACCAUGAAAGAUGAAAGAAAUGAUGUCUAUCAUGUUGUACUGAAGUGACCUGAGACUGAUGGAGCGUUACAGGUGCCUUUAGCAAAUCUUCACAAUACUGGACUGUUUCUAAGUUUAAUAUCACCUGGAGGAAUGUGAACUGAAUGAAUGCGGAUCAUUUUUGUAUGUAGAUGAUUGUUCUGUAUUUUAAAGUGAAGCUUUUUAUAUUUUAUGUAAGUCAUGAUCAGUUUAUAUAUUUCUGUGUAAAAGUAAUUAUUUUUAUAAUAUUGCUGUGUUGUUGUGGCAUUCUUCUUUUUUCGAACCAUUAUCAGACUUUUUUCUUUUUUAUUGUUAGAUAUGAAAUGGCAAAUACAUGAUUUUUAAUGCAGAUGGCCUUAAAACACACACACACACACAAUUUCUUAUAUUUAUAUUUAAUGUCAUGAUUUUUAUGUGUAAUAAUUAUUAUUAUAAACCAUUUGUAGAUAUUGGUAUUAAUUUUAAUUUUACUGUCGUACACAAACAUGGAUUUUACAGAUCCCUAAAUAAUUGCUAGCAGAAAAUCUCUCAAUAAUGUUGGAGUGAAAUGUUCCAUCAAUUGUUCAUCGCGGACUGCAGAUAUCGAAAUAAAGCAAUUGCUCAGGA